CAGGGUUAGGGGCUGGUAGGGUAGUGUUUGUAGUGACUGGCCCCAUAUCAAGUGGCCAGUGUGAGGGGCCUCACACACCCCCACCCCAGUAGCCACAGGCCAGGCGGGAGAGGAGCCCUUAAUCCCUGGCAGGCCUUGGGCACCAGCUCUGAUGUCGGCCCGUCAGUCCACCGCCCCCACUUCCUGCCUCCCCAAGUGGCCACCCAACCAAGGACAGGGCGGCCUGCCCACCUGCCCAGCCUGGGUGCUGCUGGACUGGUGCCUCUGCCGCCGGCCCCGCACACCCCGCAAGCCCUUGCCCCAGGCAGUCCAGCAUGCUGGGCGCCAGGCUCCUGCUGCUGGCCCUGCUCUUGGGGCUGGCCACCCCGUCCAGCCAGCCACCUGCGCCCCUGUUCCCCGCGGCGCCCGGGCCCUGGUUGCGCCGACCCCUUUUCAGCCUGAAACUGUCAGACUCAGAGGAUGGCUUCUUGCGCCGCGCGGGGCCGCUCGAGGUCCCGGCCGACAGCCGCGUGUUCGUGCAGGCGGCCCUGGCCCGUCCCUCUCCGCGCUGGGGCCUGGCCCUGCACCGCUGCUCAGUGACACCGUCCUCUCGCCCGGCCCCCGGCCCCGCCCUGGCGCUGCUGCGAGGGGGCUGCCCCGCCGACUCCUCGGUCGCCUUCCCGUCACAGCGGCUGUUCCCGGGUGCCCUCCGCCCCACGCGUUUCAGCUUCCGCCUGCGCCCCGUCUUCAACGCCUCUGUGCAGUUCUUGCACUGCCAGCUGAGCCGCUGUCGCCGCCUCCGGGGAGCCCGCCGGAUGCCUGCUCGCCGAAUGCCUGCACCUCCGACGCUGCCACCGCCGUCGCCGUGUCUGCCUCGGGAUGAGGCGUGCGCGGGCGCCGGCAGUGGCAGCGAUGAGAGCCUAGGUGCCGACAGCCCCUACCUGCACACGCUGACGCAGCCCAUCGUGGUCACGGUGCCGCGGCUGCCCACCAGGCCGCCCAAGGGCAUCCCCGGCAGAACUGUGCGCCCGGAGCCUCCCGCGCCUGCCCCGGGGGCCCUGGAGCCCGCGCCGGUGGUAGCGCUUGUGGUGGCCGCCUUCGUGCUGGGCGCCGCUCUGGCUGCCGGGCUCGGCCUCGUCUGCGCGCACUCAGUGCCCGCACCCCCGGUCCCGCCCCGAGAGCCUCGCCCAGCUGCCCCCAGUCCAGGAGGCCCCAGUGAGGCAGGGAUGGAACGCCCCCAACAGGGUCUGGAGACGCACUAGCCACGGCCUCGGACCAGGCCCGCCAGGACUGGACCGGCUGCCAUUAACCUCGGACCCUAUGGGACCACGAUUCCUGCGCCCCGCGACCCCUCGCUCCCACCCUCUCACCUGGGCUCAAAAUAAACAUCUGGUCUGAC